AUGCCGAGGGUGGAGGAGAGAAUUUACCAUCCGGCCGAUGUGCUGUUCGGUAAGUGCGAGAACGUACCGGCAAGCGUCGAGGCGGUGCAGUUCCACGGGGUGGUGAACACGAAGCACGAGGCGCUGGUGAGGGAGAUCGCCCAUCUCUACACGGCUGGUGUAACUAGUCGAGGUGAUGCGGAUUAUUCGCUGUUCGCUGGUAAAGAGAGUUUUGCGGGACGCGGCGAAAAUGGUGAUCAGACGUUCAAUUUUUCUCUGCUGAAGCCAUUUUUGGGUUGGCAAAAAUAUUCAAAUAUCGGCCUUUCCAUGUAUCGAAGUCUGGCCACACUGCCGUGGAAUCUUAGUGAUACAGAAGAGAAUGGUUUGGUAAUGCAAUACAAUGGUCAGCUAUGGGAUAAAAAGCUCUUCCACAACUUGAAAUUAAACACUAUCUGGCGGAAAUUCACCCCGUCCAAGGAUGCAGCAUUUGCAGUGCGCGAACAUGCCGGCCACACGAUGAAAUGCUCGAUGGAAAAUUCACUAACCUACGAUACACGAGAUCGGCCUAUUCUAGCAACACAGGGCACACUCCUGAAAUUCACCCAGGAAUAUGCGGGUUUUUUCGGUGAUGCAGCGUUUUUGAAGCAUCAAAUUGAUGCACAGGCAUCAGUUCCACUCUUCUUGGGUAUUUUUGCAAGUGCCUCAUAUCGUUUUUCGAUUGUAAAUGCCCUCUCUGAUCGUUCGGUGCAUCUUUUGGAUCGUCUCUAUGUUGGUGGCCCCCACGAUUUACGCGGAUUUCACUUAAAUACGAUUUCAAGCCAAGCCAGCGGCUCUUGCUCCCUCGGAAACGCUACGUCCUCUGUUGCCGUGUUUCAUUUAUACAGGUAUAUUUUGACUUGAUU